UGUUCUUAUGGCUUCCAUGUUAUCAAUAACAAAGAACAAUCACAAUUGUAAAUACCAAUUGCCUUCCGUAAAGAUAGCCGCACAUCGCGGUUACAACAAAUCAAUAGAAUGAGUCUUGACGACGUCAUCUACGUAAUAUGCCUGCUGGCCUGCAUUGGCGCCGGAAGUUACGUGAAGAAAAUCCGCGAUGAGUCGCAGCGCAAAUGCAUUUGCUCAAUGCUGGGCAUUAUUGUUGUUGUUGUCGUCUCGGGCUUCCACAGCCUGCACUGUGCCAUCUCCGCCGCACUGGGCACGGCCAGUGUGCUCCUAGUGCAUCCUAGCAAGUGUCACUUGGUCACAUUUGUCGUAAUGUUUGGCUAUCUGGUUUUCUUCCGGCUUGUGUACCUCUUUGGCCUACCGGCGGUGCCCGGCCAUACCAACAUGAUACAAAUGUUGCUCACACUGAAGGUGUCUGGCAUUGCGUUUGAGAAAACCGCAGCCUGGAAGCGUUUAAAGGCACGCGACGAACAGGACAACAACGAGCAGCGAGAUGUCAACAGCGAGCCCAGCAUCGAAAUUACGGACUACGAUAUAGACUUGCAGAAACUGAGUGCCACAGAGAUUGUGCACUAUAGCUUCAAUUACGUUGGCAUACUCACAGGCCCAUAUUAUCGCUAUCGUACAUAUCGUGACUACUUUGAGAUGCCCUUUAAGAAUCAUGCGCCCUGCGCAGAGGCAACUAUCGAGCAGCUCAAAUCGGCUGUCUUCUACUGCAGUCUAUAUCUGCUGGCCAACUACAUUUGGCCACUGGAGUACGCGCUUAGCGAUGAGUUCUACAACGAUCGAUCCGUUCUCUACCGCCUUUUAUAUGUGUGGCCCACAUUCUUCAUUUUCCGCGCACGCAUCUACACCGGUCUGACAUUGAGCGAGUGCGUCUGCACAAUGGCAGGAUUUGGUGCGUAUCCCGAUGAGGCUGAUGUCACCAAUGGAGAGGGGCCGCGCAAGCGUUAUCAGCACAUGAAACGAGAUGCCGAAAAGCGUAGCUACAAUUUUACAACAAUUGUGAAUACACGCGUCCUCGAAGUGGAGCGCUGCUGGACUUUCCGCGAGGGCAUGAAGCACUGGAACGUGUGCGUUCAAUAUUGGCUGGCGGUGAAUGUCUACAAACUGUUUCCCAUUAGGAAAUAUAGAACGGGCGCUACGUUUCUAUGCUCGGCGUAUUGGCAUGGCUUCCGCCCGGGUCACUACUUCUGUAUCAUGGGCGCACCAUUUUACGUGCCCCUGGAAGACAUGUGGCAUAAGCUAGUGCGCAAGGAUGCUGUCGGCCUGCGACGCACCGUAAUCGAUGUCAUAUUCUGGAUAUCCAAGUGGUUCGCCUUUAGUUACCUGGGCACAGCCUUUUUGCUGUCCUCGUUCGACAGCAUUUGGCGCUUCUACAGCUCCGUCUAUCACAUUGGCUAUAUCACCUGGGCGCUUCUGGUUGCCCUGGGUCUGUACCUCACCAAGCUCAAGAAGGCGGCCGAACGCAAAGCAAAACGCACCGCGGACUCCAUUGCUCCUUCUGGAGAACCAAGCACAUCAAAACAAAAAGCGCAGUAAGAACAUAAUACAGGUAUUCAGCACGAACCCAAUUAUUUAAUAGAUAAAUUCAACAACUUUCCGUGUUCCAUUUAUACAUAGAUGUUGUAGAAUGUUAGUCAAAUUCUUACACCAUAAGAUAUAUAACGAACUUUUUAUAUUGUUCAAAUUCUUGACAAAAAGCUAACGUUAAACCGUAACAGGUUCAUGAUUUAAUAUAAAAAAUAUAUUAAAUAUCUUAACUACAAAAUUAUCAAAAAAAAUCUUAGAUCCCAUUUAUGAUAGUACUUUAUUGUGUACCCUUUAAAUGUACACAAAAUGUAUUACAACUCCAUCAAAUAUGUACAAACAUUCUUGAUCUGGAUAAUGAGAUGAGGUGUAUGAACCAAACGUAGCAAUGUAUAGUUAAUGUUUGCUUUUGCUUUGUGUUAGCGAAUUUAAUUUGGAAAAACAAAUGAAGUGGCUAAGAAUAUUAGAAUUUAUCAGUUCUAUACACGCUUGGCUGUAAGGUUAAUUAUUUUCUUGAAUUUAUACAAACAUUCAAUUGAACUUAUUGAAGUAUAAAAUGGUUAUGUAGUUUUCUAAAAUAUAAUCCUAAAAUUAAUUAGCGAA